GUGGCACAGUUGAGGAAGGAAGGCAUGGAGGUUUUGGUCCCUUGAUCAAAGUACGGUCUUGCCUUUUAGAGUCUGCAGCCCCUCUUCAUGAUCACAUCACUUCAUAAUUGUCUCAAGGACCUUAACCAAGGAGCGCUGAAGCUGAUGCUGUGGAAGAAAGUCACAGAGAAAGGACACUAUCUGAAGCGUAACAGAUCGGAAAGACUAGAAGGGACACAGCCAGAGGCUGUACCUCUGAGAGGUAGGCACUAGCCACCCUUUAUGCACCCAGCGCAGAUCUGAAGUCAAUACCUGUGUGCGUGUCAGGGAGAGCUGCUGUGGACGGACACAGGCCCUGCGUCAUCAACCGAUUCACUAGGGCCACAUCGAUGGCAGACUCUGUGAGAGACACUGCCUCUAUACUCCCUUCUCCACAGAAAAACCAAGAGCUUAGGAACGAGGCUAGCAGAGUGCUUCAGACUUGGGCUCCCCAGAUGAAGGGCUGGCUGCCACCCUUGCCAGGACCUUCAUGUGCCAGGUUGGCGAUCAUGUUGGUCUUGGUACUGAUUUUCCUGCCAAGCAUGUACUGUGACCUGGGAUCAGUAUACCACUCUUCCUAUGAAAUAGUCAUCCCCCAGAGUCUGGCGGUGGAGGGAAGGGAAGACCCAGAGGAAGAGGUGUCCUAUAUGCUACCUAUGCAGGGCCAGAAGCAGCUGCUUCACCUGAAGGUGAAGAGAGACUAUUUUGUGCAUAACUUUCCAGUCUUCAGCUACCACAAUGGCAUCCUGGGGCAAGCGGUGCCUUUCAUCUCCCGGGACUGUCACUAUGAGGGCUACGUAGAAGGAGUGCCAGGCUCCUUUGUCUCUGUCAACAUCUGUUCAGGCCUCAGGGGCUUCCUGGUUAAGGAAGAACAAUCCUAUGGCAUUGAGCCCAUGCACUCUUCAAAACGGUUUGAACAUGUGCUGUACACCAUGGCACAUGAAGCUCGAGUCUCCUGUAGCGUCACUUCCAACGACAGCCAAGUGGCACCCACCAGCCAGCAACCAGACAGCAGCAAGCCUCGCAGUCUGCAGGCGCCAUCCUACUUGUGGUCACACACCAAGUACGUGGAGAUGUUUGUGGUGGUCAACAACCAGCGGUUCCAAAUGUGGGGCAGUGACGCCAACGAGACCGUCCAGAGAGUGAUGGACAUCAUUGCUCUGGCCAACAGCUUCACCAGGGGAAUAAACACAGAGGUGGUGCUGGCUGGAAUGGAGAUCUGGACUGAGGGGGACCUCGCAGAGGUCCCAGUGGACCUGCGAGUUGCACUCAGGAAUUUCAACAGCUGGAGACAAGAGAAGCUCGUCCAUCGUGUGAAGCACGAUGUCGCCCACAUGAUCGUUGGACACCAUCCUAAAGAGGAUAUGGGACAGGCAUUUCUCAACGGUGCCUGCUCGAGCGAUUUUGCAGCAGCUGUUGAAUCCUUCCACCAUGAAGAUGUCCUCCUGUUUGCAGCACUCAUGGUCCAUCAGCUUGGGCACAACUUGGGUAUGCGGCACGACCACUCGGCCUGCGUUUGUAAAGACGCACACUUUUGCCUCAUGCUUGAAAAUAUCACCAAAGAAAGUGGCUUCAGCAACUGCAGCUCCGACUUCUUCCACCAGUUCCUCUGGGAACACAAAGGAGCCUGCCUAUUUAACAAGCCUGGGCACAAACGCCGCUUACGCAGGAAUGGCCGGUGUGGCAAUGGUGUUGUGGAAGACGAUGAGCAGUGCGACUGUGGUUCUGACUGUGACAUUCACCCGUGUUGCGACCAAACGUGUAGGCUGAAGCAGAAUGCAUUAUGUAAUCCCAGUCCCUGUUGUAAUGUUUCAUGCCAGUAUGAACCUAUUGGACGUAGUUGCCGUCCUGCUUCUGGAACGUGUGACCUCCCAGAAUUUUGUCUUGGUAACUCUGGAGAAUGUCCCCCAGACCACUACAAGCUAGAUGGUACGCCAUGUCAAGAGAACAACUUCUGUGUUGGGGGCCUCUGCAGGAGCUUUGACUAUCAAUGUUUUGACGUUUUUGGGUACCCUGCAAGAUCUGCUUCAGAAGACUGUUAUCGGUUACUUAACAAGAAAGCGAAUAGGUUUGGAAACUGUGGUAUGGCCUCGUCAUCUAACCAAUAUGUUCAAUGCGCAGAUGAAAACAUACUUUGUGGGAAAGUUGUAUGUACAAAUGUUCAAAUGCUACCAAAUAUAAGAAACCUAUCUACCAUGCUGCAGGUCCCUCAUAAUGAUGACUACUGCUGGACCAUGGAUAUGUCUGGCACUUCUGAUGUCCCUGAUGAUGGGCGGUCAUAUAAUGGCAAUGUUUGUGGUUCAGACAAAAUUUGCAUGAAUUUCUCCUGCACUGCAUCCUCUGUGCUUGGGUACUCAUGCAAUGAAAAGGAGUUGUGUAAUGGGAAAGGGGUUUGCAAUGAUCUCAAGCACUGCCAUUGUGAGAUUGGUUUUGCCCCUCCUGACUGCAGCUCUCCAGGAUCUGGUGGUAGUGUGGACAGUGGCCCCCCUGGUAUAGAACCUCAUCCAUCGCCACCAGAUCAAGGUGAUGGUCAAAACACUAGCAGUGAUUCCAGACAUCAAGAAGCUUUCUUAGACUGGAUGAUGAUACUACUUAUUAUACUUUUUAUCAUAAUAGUAAUAAUUAUAAUUUUUUGCGUCACCACCAUUUGUAGAGAGGCAGCAGAAAAGGCGCCUGCAGAGGCUGCUGCAGCAGGGGCUGCCGCACCAGAGGCUGCCGCACCAGAGGCUGCCCCAGAAGAGGCUGCCCCAGAAGAGGAAGCAGAGGAGGAAGAGGAGGAGGAGGAGGAGGAAGAGGAAGAGGAAGAGGAAGAAUCUGAGCCUUAAGCCAAGUAGUGGGAGAAAGAAGCCUAAUGUGUCAAACACCUCAAGCAAUGAGUAGGAAUGAGAGGCUCAGUGAAGCAAGAGUGAAGUGGGAAUUGAUAGCUUCAGUG